AAUAAAAGGAAAGAAAAACAUAACAAUAUGGUAAAGCAAAGUUUGAGGAACAACUUAGAAGGGAGAACAAGAAGCAGCUCAUCCUCUCAAAAAUCAAAAUGUUCUAACUCAGAUCCUUGAAAACCCUUCGUUACUUGCUCCUUCCGAGAGGAAACUCGCUCUUGAUAGACGUUCCUUUCCUUAAAAAGACAAAAUGUCAGCCUCCUCUAAUUCCCCAAAUCAAGUAGACCAAACCCUAGAUGAUUCCUCCAACCCAAAUGAACCACACAAAGACGACAACAACAACAACCCAACUUCACAAUCUCACUCUCAACCCCAAAUCUUGGAACCCCUUAACCCUACAAACCAAGAAAAUCCACAAAAUCAAGAAACCCCAGAAGUGAUUCUUGACGAAAAAGACCAAGAAAACCCUGAUCAAAAAAUUUCAGGUGCGGCUGAUACAUUCCCUAAUUUCUCUUUAAAUGUGGUUUUACCGAUUGCUGACUCAAUAGAAGUAAGUGUCCCUGACCCUCCACUAAUGUCACCCACUACUACUACUACUACCCACAAGCGCAUCAAGCGUAAGAAGAGUAAAGCCAGCACUAAGAAGUUACAAGCCAUUGAAAAAAGACUUCAAACACUUAAGGAGAACUUAAAGCCUCUUCCUUUUUGCCCUUCCAAGAUUCUUGAUUUUGCUAGGCAUGAGAAGUUACUGAGGCGUUUAGGGUUAUGGGAUUUUGUACAUAUAGAAUUCGAUCGUGAUUUAAGGGUUGAUUUGAUUGCACAGUUAAUUGCUACUUAUGAUUCCAAAUUGAGGUAUAGUUAUGUUAAUGAUUUUAGAAUCUUGGUUAAUCGGGCUGAUUUAGCCCGGGCACUUAAGCUGCCUGUGAAGAAGGACAGAGGUAGUGUUGAUGGUCUGGACUUGGAUGCUGAUGCAUUGUCUGAGGAAUCGAUAGGUUUUCUUGAGGAUUUUGUGUCGAUUUGGGUGCUUUUGCAUGAAGACACAUUUAUAAUGCCUAAUGAGGUCUUGAAUUGGAUUAAGACUAUAAAAGAUGGGCACCCUGAGAGAGUGGAUUGGGCUGGAUUGUUCUGGUUCAUGGUUGAGAAGGAAUUGAUGAAAGGGGACCAAUUAGUGGACUGUUAUUAUGCUGCACAUUUGCAGUACUUGAUAAAGUCACAGCGUGAGGAGGUAUUGUUUGGUGAAGAGCCGGAAAAAAUGGAGUUUGAAGUCGCUGUGAAGGAGGAGGAUGACUGUGUUAACGAGGACAAUGCAAAAGUUGGUAGCUCAAGUGAAGCUCAACAAGAGGAUAGAGCUUUAGAUGAGGGACUGAAUUUUGAGUUGACUUUGGGGCAGGACCUUGGCCAGAAGAAAGAGGGAAAGGAUGUGGAGAUGAUGGAUGUUGAGGAACAAAAGGAAGAGGAGGAGGGGGAGGAAGAGAAACAUCGGCUUUUUUAUGAGAGAACAGAUGCAAAUGAGCCCUUGUUACAGAAAUGUAAGAUGCAGGAAGCGGUGUCUUUGGAUAAUGAUGAUGAGAAGAAAGAAGACGAUGAGUUGGCAGAUGAUGAGGAGGAGGAGGAGGAAGGAGCGGAGAGGGAUGAGGGUGAAGAUGGAUUUGAUGUUAUGCCUAGUGAUGAUACUCUUAUUGGGGAUGGAUUGACAGGAAAUCUACUUCAAACGAUGGAAACUACACAGAUCGCAUUUACGUCACAGGGGCAACUUCACGAUCAGUCUUCAGUUGAGCUUCUUGCAUCUAGAGCUGAGAUGCAUACAAGUGGUUCAUUUUUUGGUAGUGGAAGUAAGAGAGGGAUUGAGAUUGAGCCUGACCAUUCUCUCAAUGGCAGCAACAAGAGGUUGAGGAAUGAGGGUGCAUGGGACCAGAAGCCAUUAGAUUUUGGUUCAUGCAUGGAGCAAAUGCAGCAGCUAAUGAUGAGGGCCAGGAUGAUGUAUGAGUCUAAAGAACAGAAUGAGGAGCAAUUCAACAUGAACCAGCAACUUCUGAUCAACGAAUUGCAUAAAAGGGACAGUGUAAUUGAACACUUGCAUAAGUCUAAAUAUGAAGAAGUACAAAGGAAAGACGAAGAGAUUUGUCGUCUUGAACGGGAGCUUUUUAUAAUGGGAAAUAUUUUGGAUGGUUACAGAAAGGCAUUGAAGGAUAUGCAGAAGCAGUUCUCCGAGUAUAGGCAAAAGUUCCAGCUGCCUGAAGAACCAUAUUACAAAGAUGCUGGUCCUGGAGGUCUAAUGUUGAGCGCUGCUGAAAUCGAAAAGCUACGCCUCAAGCAAGAGGAAGAAAAUCGAUCCAUUUGUUUGCUUUUGGAACAAAAAGCAAAAGAAGCGGAGGAAGAAUAUGCUAGUCAGUUUGAGGUUUGUAUUGAUAAGGUUCAGAUGCUGGAUAAGAGGUUGAUGAACCUUGAAGAUACAAUGAAGGACCUGAAAAACUUGAGGGCAAAAAGCAAAGUUCCGAAAAGCGAGGAUGAAAUAUCAGAAACUCCCGACUGCCCUCCAAAUGAAUGAUUUGCUCUGCCAAAUCUUCAAUUCCAUGGUUGAAAUGCAGGGUGGUGAUUUUGCAAGUAUUUUGAAGAAACCUUGAGUUAGCCCAUGCUGAUCUCUAAAACUAUUAUUUUGGGGCCUUGUUAGUAAUGCUUUAGAGUUUCUAGUACUUGAGUUCUGACAGUAGGUAUUGAUGAAUGUAGUAUUGUGAUUGCUAUUGCAUAGGGGUAUAACUUGGUUCUAUGUAUUAGGUUUUGGAUUUACAAUAGUAUAUAUAAUGGUACUGACUAAGAAUAUUGGCUUCUCCCCUUCUCA